AUGAUAAAAUAUUGGUUCGUGGAGAGCCUCCCCGACGAUGAAAGUAUCACUGGUGACCUCGGCGGCUAUUUCAUUCGAAAUAGUAAUUUUACAAAAGAGUAUUUGAAAUUAGACAAGAAGGGCCAGAAGAACCUGAAAUAUGUUGCCAAUUGGGGCAGCUCAUAUGGUAUUGCCAAUAAUUUUUAUAAAUUGCCUAAAAAUCGGGGGAUAGGACAGUUCAUAAUUGAUUAUCAAACAAUAUGCUUUCUUAUGGCAAAAAGAAGAAUGUCAUUAAAAGGGACAACUUUGAAAGAGGAUCCUCACAUCAAUAUCAAUGUCCAUGAGUCUAAACUCAGAGAAAAAAUUUGUUUAGGUGUGGAGACACAAGAAUUAUACAAAUGGAUAAGCAAAAUAACUCUUAAAAUUCCAGAGAAAGUUCAAAAAUCAUUUCCUGUCAAACCUGCAUCAAUCGAUUUGGGAUCUUUUCUUCUUCUGGAUGGUUUUCAAACCAAUAUAAGGAAAACUGAUAUUAGAACAAUAAAUUUGCCACAAAUGACUAGUAAAUUGGAAGAAAAUACUGAAAAACUUCUGGAUGAGAAAUUAAAGAGAAUGAUAUCGUUUACAUUUCCUUCACCAACGGAUAUUAAAAUUCAAUCAUUGGCUCCUAAUACACUCUCCGGUUAUAAAUUAGAGUUCACAAAUUAUAGUCAAUCAAAGUCCAUUUCUACAUCUAAUCAACAAGAAUGGGAAUGGAAAGUUGACCCAAUUCCAGAUACAACGAUGACUUUUAAAAGAUUAUGGGCAUCAUUGUUUGAUAUCAAAUUCCACUCGUUAGAAUUGUAUAAAAUUAAAAUUUGUCAAGGAACUCUCUUUGGUAAUGUGCCUAAAAUGUCAAUAAUGUGCAAAAUAUGGAAAUUAGAUAAAGAACAAACCAAGCACUUGGAUUGGAAACCAUUUGCCAAAUACAAAUAUUACAAUAUCGAGGAGAACAUUACUAAUAGUGGUACUGCUGAAAUGUUUACGAAAAUUGCUGAUAUGUCAGCUAUAUUACAAUGUAAAAAACUUGAUUUUAAUCUGCUGGAAUUUAUUGAUCUCGAUAAAAAGACAUUUGGUAGCCUUAAUUUAGGAUUUUCAUGUAGUUCUCAAAGUAUGGCCCCUCAGGAAAUAAGUAACCUUAAUGAAAUAGAACCCACUACGCCUACAUUAAACGAAAUAAAUAAUAAUAACUCUACUGAUUGUUCAAAUGUGAUCAAUACGUCAUUGAUUCCACAUAAGAGAUCAUUCAUUGAUGAUGAGUUAAAAAGUAUUCUUUCGACUAAAAGAAGAAAACAAAAAAUGAAGAGGAAUGCUGAAACUUUUUUAAAUGAUAGCUCUCUAUUUUUUAAUCUUAUUGGCAAUUGUUCGCAAGAUAUCCGAAAAAUUGGUGACAGUACCAGCCACAAUAAUAUAGCUCUCAAGCAACUCAGAGCAUUGGCUGAGACAGAGAGCUCUUCAUGCGAAUCUAUAAUUAGAAUUGUCGAUAAUCAAAUAAAUGCCAAUGGGAAGACUAUUAUUUUGAAUACCAACCGCAUGGAAACAAAUUCAAAAAUCUUGCAAUACCUAGCCAAUAGAACCGAGUUAAAAAUUAUCGAAUCUAACUGGACCUCUGAAUGUGACUUCAUUGUCAACUUUUCAACUUGUAUUCUAAGAACCCAGUUAGAUAAUUUUUUCCAAAUGGAUAAGACUGAUACCCUCUUUUACACAAAGGAUAUCAAAGAACUGAUAAAACAUUUUCAAAAAAUCAUUAUAUUUGUAGAGUAUUCACCGGAACUAGAAGAUAUUGAUCACAACAUUUUUUGGAAAAUUAAACUUUUUCUUGAUGAACCUAUUUUUAGAGUUUAUUUUGUUAAAAACACAAAGGAAGAAAUAAGCUCUUGGGUAACAAGGAUGGCCUCUAAAUAUGGAGACUAUUAUCAAGAGGACAGUUUGGGAAUAUCUAGAGAAUCAGAGCGCAUUUUAUUACAACGGGGACUAAACGUUUUCCUCGCCAAAAAACUUCUGAGUGAGUAUCCUUUGAAGAAAAUUCUCGAAGAUAUGCUGCAUCCAAAUUUAUCGGAAAUUAAGGCAAUGUUAACACCAUUUCAGAUAGAGCUUUUAAGAUCGUUAAUGCUUGCCCAAUGGUAA